AUGUCUGCUAACGACAUUCUAGAUGUCCUCAACAUCCAAAGGGAUGAGUCGAGCCAGCCUGCAAAAAAGAAACAAAAAUCCGAGUCCCAGCCCCAGCUCCAAAAAGGUGGAAUGGCCAGAGAGCUUUAUAACCUCUUGGGUCCAAACACACCACCUGUUAACAUGGCCGUGGGUCCAGGUUCCAAAAUCAAAGAUAGAAAACUUACCAAAGUCUCGCCUUGGACGAAAAUGCCCAUAGUGCCAAAUAGACAUGAAUCAAAGAAUGCCCCAACUUUAUAUCACUGGGAGAAAGGAUCUAAAGAGCUACUUGAACAGGGGCGCGAUGAAAAGCCGUAUUUCUUUGAUAAAUUCAUUGUGAGUAUAGACAUUCCUGAGCUUGUGGAUGAGGGAAAGUACAAUAAGUUCAUGGAGGAGAUAUAUGCGAAGAAAGAGCAGAAGAAGAAGGAUAAGGAAGAAAGAGAAGCUAGGCAUUUAGAGGACAAAAAGAAGGCGGAGGAAGAGAAAAAAGCAAUAGGGAAGGCUGCUCAAGACUCUAUUAAUGUGAAGAAAGAAGAUGGAGCCGACCUGAAAGCUACACCAGAGUCUAAUGGCCAGAAUAAUGAAAGCAAAGUCUCAAAGCUGCUGCAGGCAGAAUCAUCAAAAGAUACCCCAGUGCAGAAUGAGGAGGACGAAAAAGAACCUGAAUGGACCUACGAGGAGACACAACUUUUAUUUGAGCUUUGUAAAACGUUUGAGCUCAAAUGGCCCAUCAUAUACGACCGUUUCCCUUUGAAGGAUCGAAGGUUGGAGGACUUGAAGGAACAGUUUUAUCGCAUAUGCUCACUAACCCUCAAAGACAAUGGAACCGGUAAUCCUCAUCUCUUGGAGUCCUUGGAUGCAUUCUCAAAGCCUGCUGAACUCGAUAGAAAGCGGUACCUCGAGAACCUUCUCAAGAGGACACCUGCUGAGAUUGCGGAGGAGGAGUCCUUGGUAAUUGAAGCACGCAGAUUUGAGCUAGCUGCAAAGAAAAUGCUCAUGGAGCGUUCCAACUUGCUCACUUUGCUUGAUCUGCCUCAGUCUUCCCAGCUGGUACAGCAAUACCAGUCCUCUCAGGGCCUCACUAAUUUGUACAACAACUUGAUGAUUAUGGACAAGCAUCAAAAGAAGAAGCAGUUGCAACAGCGUUCGAAUACGUCAACCGAUCCUGUUCCUCCUGCAAUCCCUAUGGCUGCUUCAUCUUCCUUCAAAAAAGAUAAGAGUUUCCAGACUCACCUACAGCAGUAUUUGACGGGCGUGCUCAAGCAACAACAAACAAGCGGGCAACAUGUCAAGGGUGAAGCCAAUGCAAUCCAGCAACUUCUAGCAAAGAAGCUCACAGCAAAAGAGGAAGAAGCAUACGGAUUACAUUACCAUGCGAAUGAGCGUCUUACCCCCGGUGUAAUGCUUCGUUCAAGUCACAGGCUACCUGGGUUACAGCAAAGACAAUCGGUGUUUAAAUCCAUCAAUCUUUUGCUCCAAGAGCUUGACAUCCCAACUGUGGGAGGCACGUCAUGGAAACCGGUCAUGCCAACUCGCAGAACAAUGGCAAAAUAUGAUGAACUCAUCAAGGCCUGUGUGGCUUUGCUAGAAGUGAAGAAGGGUAAAGAUAAGUUGGAAGCAGAGAUCGAGCUUAUCAAAAGUCAACAACGACUUCAAUGA